AUGAGUACAUCAAAUUUCUACGUUCAAGUGGUGCUACAGUGUGGUGCAGACUCACUAUCCGGUGAUAGACUUGGUUGCUUCAAUUUGACAGUCAAAGGUCAUGCUAAAUGUGUAGAAGUUGUAAAAACUUUCAAUUUACCAUUACUGAUGCUUGGGGGAGGUGGAUACACAAUCUGCAAUGUUGCUCGAUGUUGGACAUAUGAGACUGCUGUUGCCCUUGAUUGUGAGAUUCCCAAUGAAUUGCCAUAUAAUGAUUACUUUGAGUAUUUUGGACCAGACUUCAAACUGCAUAUUAGUCCUUCAAACAUGACAAACCAGAACACUCCAGAAUAUAUGGAAAAGAUAAAACAGCAUUUAUUUGAAAAUUUACGCAUGUUGCCACAUGCAACUGGCAUCCAAAUACAAGCUAUUCCCGAAGAUGCAGUUCACGAAGACAGUGGAGAUGAAGAUGGAGAAGAUCCAGACAAGAGAAUUUCUAUUCGAGCAUCAGACAAAUGGAUAGCUUGUGAUGAAGAAUUCUCAGAUUCUGAGGAUGAAGGAGAGGGAGGUCGUAGAAAUGUGGCUGAUCGUAAGAAAGGAGCAAAGAAAGCUAGAAUUGAAGAAGACAAGAAGGAAACGGAGGACAAAAAAACAGGUGUUAAAGAAGAAGAUAAAUCCAAGGACAAUAGUGGUGAAAAAACAGAUACCAAAGGAGCCAAAUCAGAGCAGCUCAGCAACCCUUGAAUUUGAGAGUCUCAUCACUUUCAGUGAGAAAAUAUUGGGAAGAAAAACGUUUUCUUUUCAAAGACUUCUGGCUUCAUUUUAUACUACUUUGGCAUGGACUGUAUUUUCAAAAUGGCUUUUUUGGGUUUGUUUUUCUUGGCAAGUUUUAUUGUGAGUUUUCUAAUUAUGAAGCAAAAUUUCUUUUCUCCACCAUGCUUUAUGUGAUAGUAUUUAAAACUGAUGUGUUAUUAUGUCAAAAAACUGCUCUAUUAAAGAAGUAAUUGGCCUUUCUGAGCUGAUUUUUCCAUCUUUUGUAAUUAUCUUUAUUAAAAAAUUGUACUUGGA